AUGUCAACAGAAGACAUGAUCAAUUUGUUCGCUCAUCUUCUCAAUUAUAUAUUGGCUGUACCCAUGAUAAUUUUGGGUGUAACUGGAUCAAUUUUAAUUGUUAUAAUUUUCACUCAAAAACGUCAAUUUCGUCAAAACACAAGUCUGACAUAUUUAUUAGCAGGUGCAAUUAUGUCAGGUCUUCAUUUAGCAAUUGUUUAUACUCAAUGGGUUCUUGUUUAUGGUUUUGGUGUUCCAAUAAUGAAUACGAAUGAGACAGCUUGUCGUGAAUAUCUUUACCUACGUUAUGUGACAACCGUAGGGGCUAUUUCUUUUCCAUGUUGGGCUGCUUUUGAUCAAUAUGUUGCUACUUCUCGAGAUUCGGCUGUUCGACAUCGUUGGAGUUCUCUUCGUCUUGUUCGAUUAGUGAUUAUUUCUACGGUGAUCUUUUGGAUACUUACCUAUAUUCCAAUCAUUUUUUCUGCUGGAAUUCUAAAUAAUAUCUGUAUCUUAAAACCUAGUUUAUAUGCAAAAUUCAAGAUUUAUAUAUUGACACCUUUUGUUUAUGAAGUAGGUCCUGCUGUGAUAAUAAUCUUCUCAACAAUAGGUACUGUACGAAAUCUUCGAUCAAAUACAGUUCAUAGAUCUCGUAAACGUCUUACAAACCAAGUUCGUGCAAUGUUAAUGCCUCAACUUAUUAUUCUUGCUAUAUCGGGAAUACCAUUUAGUUUUCAAGCUAUCUAUGUUGACAUAACCAAUGGUUCGGAAAAAACUACAUUGCGCAUUGCACUCGAAAACUUUUUCGAUCAAAUCAUUUUGUUUAUUUAUCAUUUUAAUUACGUAUUUAUCUUCUAUAUUUAUCUUUAUAAAUCAAGUGAAGUUAGAAAAGCAUUAAAAGAGCAAUUUUUUAAAUGUAUUCGAAAGCAUCAAAUAACUUUUGUGAACACUACAACUAACAAUUCAUUUCGUCUUCAACGAAUCAAUACUACUCAUUGGACACAACUAGCAUAG